UCAGUUGAGCUCCCACCAGCCAUUUUUCCUUGGUUCUUUUAAUGCCGUGUACUGCUGAUGACGUCGCCCUCAGGCCCCGCAGUGAAUGGUGUAUAGAGGUGCUGGGCCCUAUAGCUGGAUAAUUUAUAAGGGAAACGCCUAUAAAGGUCCUAUUCCAUUGCCGUUUUUGUAAGUGAACACAAUGCCUCCAAAAUUUAAGCGGCACCUCAAGGAUGAAGAAGUUACAGGUUCAGUCACAAGUGAAAGACGGAAUUUGUUAGAAGAGGACUCUGAUGAGGAAGAAGAUUUCUUUCUGAGGGGACCUUCUGCACCUAAGUUUGGACCAAGGAAUGACAAGAUCAGACAUGCACAGAACCAGGUGGAUGAAGUGAUUGGUGUUAUGCAAGAGAACAUCACCAAAGUGAUAGAACGAGGAGAGAGGCUGGAUGAACUACAAGACAAGUCAGAAAGUUUGUCAGAUAACGCCACAGCUUUCAGUAGCAGAGCAAGACACCUCAGAAGACAAAUGUGGUGGCGGGAAUGUAAGAUGAAAGCCAUAGUGGCCAUGGUUUUCAUUCUCAUCCUGCUAGUGAUUAUUGUGCCCAUCAUCCUGAAGUAUCGGUCUUAACCAGCUGGAUCCAAGCCAAGCCAUGGUUCAGAGGGAUACCUGGAACUUCUGAUCUUGGGAUCACCUGUACAGAACUGUAUUAUUUUGUUUCCUUUAACUGCUUACCUGUACAUCCCUCUUCUCCAAAAAGGACCAGUUAUCAUUCCUAUCGGACAUUCUUUGCAGAUCUAACUUGUUGUAAAUGACAAACAGUUGGAGACCUUAUCAGCUUCUAACUUAUUUAUUGUAUUUUUAGUUAAUUCAUGUUUACAUUGAAUUAGGAUAUGUUCUAUUAGAAUGCACAUUUGCCUGGGUGCACCAGUAUUCCUCUUUGACCUUUCUAAUGUACAGUAUGUAAAGUGUAAAAACAUGAUCGCGCUACACUAGAAGCUUUAUUUUCACUUUAAUUUAUGGGAAAUUUUUCAACUAUAUUGAAAUUCACAGAGAUAACAUAUCCUUGCAGUUCACUUUGUCCCACUAUUCUGCCAGCAAAUGGAGUACCUAUGACCUACCUUUUAUAUACCGCCAAUUUUCUGUUGCAUUUUCUGUAACGUUGCAGUUAUUUGACACGUUAACCUGUGAUUAGCCUUUAGCUGUUCGUUUCUUGUGUAAUUUGUUUAUUAACUUAAUUUGUCAGACAGUAAUUCAAAUUUUUUAAAAAAAAUAGAGAAUUGCAGACAACCAAAUUUAUCCAUUUAGUAUAUAUUAAAAUACUAGGUUCUUUAUAACCAAGUGAGAAAGUUCAGUCACUGUUUUUUACAUCUUGGAGAAAUGCCAGCAUCACAAUGUUCUGGCCUUUCACCCUUGCUGCAGCUCACUCUUUUACAACAGGAGGUAUUUUGGUCCUGUUGCAAGUGCAGUGAUACAUGUAAAAUCGACCAGGGAGUGUAAGGAACGUUUGUCACAGUAGGUGUGCAGAGCUGGGAAGUGGUGAGGAUAUCUUGUUGUGGAGGCUUUGUGAUUAUAACUCGUCAUGUACCUAAAAUUGAAUUUCCAGGCUGGGGUUGACUAAGGCCUCGUACACACGAUAGGUUAAACAGAGGACAACGGUCUGAUGGACCGUUUUCAUCGGUCAAAACCG